CCGAGCCUGGUAUUCCAGUUGUUGAGGUACUCCACCUCAUGACCAACGGGUAGUCAACUUGCAUGAAUGCCGACUCGAGUACAAUCGAUGACACCACGGCUGGUGGUGGUGCUGGCGAUGGCAGUUACAACGCCAGCAACGUCGAGGACAUUCUCAACUCACUGGUCGUGGACAAUGUGACUGGCCUCAAUGUCAAGAAUGCGUUUUCUGCGCUGCUCAAGCUACUUCGCCAUCGAGACGGCGCUGUGCAGAUGCACCGACUCCGUGGCGAGCACACAGUGAUGUCGAUGCUUCACACCAAGGCGGGGGUGGCCGUGGUCCAGUCCUACGGGUUCGUGCUCAUGCGAAAGCUGAGCUGUGUGUGUCUGGAGAGCAAUCAUAUCUUCGUCGACAACGGGGCUGUCGGGUUGAUCUCAGAUGCCUUGCGACGAUUUCCCAAUGACACCAUUUUGCAGGCAUCUGCAUGUGGAGCGCUGCUACCGCUUGUCAAGUAUGCAGCCACAGGCAGCAUCGACGCGCUGCUGUCUGUGGGGAUUCUACCGCUGCUCGUGCGGCUCUUGCUGUUUCAAACAGACAAGCAUCCGUCGCAAAUCACGAUUUAUGCCUGCCUCGUGCUGGCCCAAGUGUGCGACCAGCGAGGCAAAGACACGAUCGACCAAAUUCGAGCUGCGUCCACCGUGGCUGCCGACAACGAAUGGAUGUUCCUCCACGCGGUAACGACUAUGCUCAAAGCCAGCCUAGUCCAGGACGACAACGGCCGGAAACUCAGCUGCGCCCUGAGCACCCUCCUUCUUUGCUUGAUGUCGUUGGAUCGAACUGUGACCCAGGUGAUGCAGGAGCUGGGGGCGAUCCCGACAGUGUCGUCGGCGAUGGUCCGAUACGCCAACGACGCAGGAAUUGUCAAGUAUUCGGACACGGUGUGCCAGCAACUAGCCAAAGCGUCGUCGCCUAAAAAAGGUAAACAAGUUGCAAGCUCCGCCAUAGGAACCAAAGCCCGCAAAGGGGGCGCCAAGGCCCGACCUGCCGAAGGGGUCGUGUACAACCUCCAGCUGCCGUCGGUGGCGUCGCCUCCAAGCAAACGCGUUCAAGCACAAAUGACGCCAACCUACGGGACGAACGAAAGCAAUGUGCUGUCUGCGAAUGCGUUUGCUGCGUCCAAGCCGCCUGGCGAAUCAAAUCCAAGGACCACCAUGACGACCAGGGUCCGCCCGAGUCCGUCCGACCCAAACUUGCCGUCCCUGGAAUCCCUCCAGUCGUCCGACAUGAAAUCAACGGCCAAACGACCGUCGCGACCCACGCGACAGACCGGCAGCAGUCCCCCCAAGCGCCCCGCCAACCCCCCCAAAGCAGCCUUUCCAGCCUCCCCCACGACAUCCCCCAAGCCAAAACAGGCGGCGGCGGCGUCGGAUCGACCGCUCGUGGGGUCUCCAAAGUCCACCCAAGCCCACUCGGUGAUUGUGAAGCAGGGCGACCCGGCGAUCGAAGUGGCCAUCAAACGACCCCCAGGUCGAUCCAGCAGCGUGGGGGUGUCCCCUCGACAGAUGUCAGUGCCCCUUAUCGUGGUGGAUCAGGCAUGGGGGGGCCCAAUCGAAGAAGACGAGAAACAGACGGCGAGGACGAGCCCGACUCGCCCUGUCCCCCCCCCGCCCAAGGUCAUUACCCCCCUCGGUUCUUCGGAACACGUCGGCUCGAGCGUGUUUCGGUUCCGUCGAACGGUAGAUACCAGUUCACAAGCUGCUCCGAAUGGCGGCGGGGGUUCAGAAGGUGCUACUGCUGAUGUGAACCCAACCUUCCCUGUCAACGGAACUCCCUCUAUCCCUCCCCCGGAUGGAGUAUCGUGUACCGCCGACAUGCCACUGCAUCCACGCAACAUUGAACCCACCGUGGACAGCUUCGAGCCCACAAGGCCUUGUAUCACGACGGCGGCGGUGACGGGGCGGACGCACGCGACUAGGGACGGCAUUGUCGACCAGGCGACUCCACGUGAUGCUGCUUUGUCGUCCGCAACAGAGAAACAUCCGUCGAAAGGACCAGUGGAAGACAUGACGAGUCCUGGCCAAGAACAACAACAAGACACCAACACACUGGGCGUCAUCUCUGACGAGCCUCCCCGCGACCACACUGACGACACGACUGCUUUUCUCGAGCCACCUCUGCAGUCCCAAACGCCCCAUACUUCCACCCGCCCGACCGGCGAUCCUGAGGAGGCAGACCUGUUAGUCGACAGGAAGACCGACUUGGCUACAGACGGAUCAGGGGCUGCCAAGGGUGUUGACCCCUGCGCAUUCGUCGAGUUGUUGGCACCCUUGGACGCUUCACCGCCCCAUGACAACGGGAAAGCACUAAGUCCGCGCCGGUACGGGCCGAUGACGCCCGCCAACACAUUUGUCGGCGCCUUCUUCCCUCCCAUUUCGACAUUGGACCUGGAUGUGGUCGCGGCGGACUUGAUGCUCGUGGAGACCGUGAUCGAGACUGCCCGACGACCAACCGACCGACGGUUCGUCCCUAUGACCCCUGCCAACACGUUCGUGGGACUGCAAAACACCGAUGCAAAGAACGGCAAAGUCCCUGGAACGACUUGUCCGGUGGAGUUUGCCCUGCGCGACGACACCGACCACGAUGUGCUGGUGCCCCUUCUCGCUGCCCAAUUGGUUGGGAGUUGGCUGUACGAUGCAACGCUCAGUCUAAGUCAAUCGAAACACGACCAACAAAGCAGGAGUCCACUUUGUGACGACGACGACAACGCACUGGAGUUUUGUCCAACGGUGGCGACUGCUCAGGAAUUGCCGGCAUGGAGCGCUACCUCCACAAACCACCAAGAACCCCCUAACGCCGACGUCCAAGGAAUGAUGGCCCCGUCUAUAGAGGUCUCGAUGUUGGCGGGUGGUCAAAUGGUUCGAGGGUGUUCCUGCGAUGUGCAAAAUCGACUUGUGGGGGACCCCAUCCCUUUAAGCGUGCAAUGGCAAGACGAAGAAGACAACAUGGAUAAUGCAAAUAGACGCCGUGUCAGUGAGUCAUUCGAAGCGCUUCCACCACCGUACGUGGACGAGUAUGACGUGGCGAUCGCUCGAGUGGCCUCCCAACUCGUCCAAGUAUGGCUGUAUGACACGAUGGAUAAACUGGUGUCGCAAGCCACAACAGCUGCACCAACUCUCAUCGUGAUGGCGCAGCUGUCCCCUCCCGAUAUUAGUCCUUUGUGUGGACUGGCCAUGGACGACAUCUGCGACACGGUGUCGUCAUCGUAUUCGUGUCAGAUUCACGAGCUAGAACGGCUGGAACAAGCCACACUGGGAACACCAGAGUUUCAACACGAGGCUGCAAAAGAGGCACCGACAACAGCAGCAGCCGCAAGCGACGUACAACCCACAGACACGCUGCAAGAAAGGGACGAGGUCUGCUACGAGGCGGAUUUUGAAGGUUUUGUUUCUACUCCAGAGGGGGUUCCAGUUGACAUGUUUCCUCCCGUGGUGACGGUUCCUGGAAAAGAAAUCGAGGGGCUUGACACUCCCUCCACCAAAACAAUUGAAGACGAAUCUCUGGUCGUGCAAGUGUCGGUGGUGGCCAGUCAAUUGGUUAGGGCUUGGAUACACACCGCUGUAGUGAGUUGUAUAAAUCGAAUAGUGACCCCUCCAGCUUAUUCGGGCGAGGACUUACUCCCGGCAGCCAGCCUGGUCCCCAACCUCCCCCCACCACUUGACCCCCUUGAACCCCCCUCAACCCCCUCGUCGCCUUCGUCCUUGGUGAAUGAUGGUUUUUCAAUGGUCAGUGAGGACCCAAAAGACCAGCACUUGGCCGUGGACGUGUCGCUGGUAGCCGCUCAAUUGGUGCAAUCUUGGAUCUACGAAACGCUGGACCGCGUCACGACGUUCUCCACGCGGCCCCACGAGCACCACCACAACCACCACCAGCAGCAGCAUGCUUCUGAAGAUUGGGGGCGAGACGAGGAAGUAGAAACAACCAAAGGGGCAACCGCCCAAGGCGACGACUGUGACGAGUGGAGUGUGGCAUCGGCGAUGCUGGCUCAACGCCUCGUCCAGGCGUGGAUGUACGAAACGCUGGCGCGAGUCACGCAGUUCUUUUCCACGCCACCCACUGACCCCCACCACGACCACUCCCUUCUACACGUUGAUUCUACCGACGAAGAGCGCGAUCCACCCAAUCUGCGGACGGCCGACACAACGCUUCUGGACGACGUAGUACAUCACCGGCACAGCGUCCAAGUGUCGUUGGUUGCCAGCCAAUUGGUGCAGAUAUGGGUGUAUGACACGGUUGAUCGAUUGGCCCAGACGCAACAAGUCGGGGCUGUGGAUGAGUAUGCUGACGAUGACUUUGACGAUGACGUCGGGGCUGUGGAUGCUGACGCUGACUUUGACGACGAAGACCAGGAUCACAACAGAUUGCCUGCAUAUCAAAGCAUCGGGGGGGAUGUCCACGGCGUGGAGUUUGGAGUCUGCGGGGACGAAGGGGGGGACAGCCCGGCGUCCGUCGAACUCGAAGGAACGGAACUGAAACCUCAUAAAGGGGGGUCGACGGACGAAGAAAUUAACGACGUCGUGUGCCUAGUCACGUCAAAGCUGGCCCGGCAGCUGGUGCAAUUGUGGAUAUACAGCACCAUGUUAGAUGAUCGCUUAGGCAGUUCUUGGGGCAUUGGGCCAAGGGGUGCUGUCUCGAAGACGGGUGUGAUUGACAGUGGGACGGCGGCUUCCCACGACGACAUGCACGACGGCGAUGACGAAGGAGGAAAACCUGUGUCAUUUGAAGUGUCCAGGGUAUCACAUCUGCUUGUUCAUGGUUGGGUGUACGAGAUAUUGGACAAGCUCAGCCGUGCAAUUCCUUCUCGAAAUCCACUGGUGACAUUGUCGCAUGAAAAAUGCAACGAGGAAGGUCUACAAGAUGGUACCAGCGUCAACAGUAUGUCUAUAACAGAUGCGGCCGAGAGUGGCGGAGCGGCAGCACCUCUUACAACUGCCAACGACGAGUACAAAGAAGGUGAAGCGGACAGCCAACUGUCGGUGGCGGCGUCCGUCUUGGCCGCCCAGUUGGUCCAAGCGUGGAUCGUUGAAACGCUGCAACGCGUGGUUCGAUUCACCACGCGACCUCACGAACACCCCAUGGUCCCUAUUCGCGACCGCGCCACAGCAGAGUGCCACGUCAUCACGAGUCUCCUCGACCCUCUAACAGCCAUCCAUUCGAGCAGUCCUUCGAAUCCCAUGGCAUUUGACGAUGGUGAUGUUUGGAACGUCCAAGUGUCGUCUGUGGCUCCGUUGGUCAAAGCAUGGUUAUUUCAAGGCAUGCUGAACGCCGUGGAGUCGCUUAUUUCCUCAUCUUCCUCUGUUGUUUUCAUUGACCAAGGCCUCCUUCGCCACGAUGUGUCGGAUGCGACCAUCCUCCGUCCGCCGAUUCUGUACUUUGACCAAGCCACCGCCCGUCGACCAGAGUCGUCCCUAAGCGAUCCAGAACUCGAUGGCCAAGCUCCAGUGGGGGGAAGUGUGGAGGUAUCGCUACUCACGGCGCAGCUCGUCAGGGGAUGGAUUUACUUUACACUGGACGACGUCGUGCGAUUUUCCACCUUUCGGCAACAUCACGACGCCCAGGCUGCCACGUCAUACGACGUGUCAUCGUCACCACCGCCAGACACACCAAACGAGUUGGUAUCGACGAUGCACGCUCAACCAGAUGAUUCAGUGACUGCUACGUUGGACUUGGAAGACGGUCGUGAGGACGAGCGGGGCGUGGCCGUGUCGUUCGUUGCGGGGCAGCUGGUUCGGCUGUGGCUGUACGAGACGAUGGACGCGAUUGUUCGGUUUUCAUGCCACCACGACCAAACAGCCCCUGUGUCGACGCCCCCAGCCAUCCACUUUGUCGAAGCGGGUUGUUUUAUCGACGCUGUGACUCCCCCCGUCGUUUCUCCAGAGUCGGGGGCUUUCGUUUCAACCCAUCGGGACCACGACGAAGAACAUGAUGUGUCGCUGGAGGUCGUGCUCGUGGCCAACUUGCUUGUCCGCGCGUGGACAUCCGACGCCGUGCUCAACAUUGUCGACCGAUGGCAAGCUGAUCACGAUGCCGUUCCUUCCUGUAUCUCGUCCUCGGCAAAGGAACAGCCGCAACUUGACUUGACGACCGCUCCAUGUCCACAGGAAGCUGAGACUAGACCAAUAUGUUUAAAAGGUUGGGCAAGGGACGACAACAACGAGUCGUUGGAAGUGGUACUGCUGGCGAAUCUGCUUGUACGGGCUUGGACAUCAGAGGCGAUACUUCGCGUGAUGUAUGACAGUUCGUUUCCAAUUCCAGUGGAUGUCACUACUGGCAGCUCCACCUCGCUGCUAAGCCACGAUGACCACUCGUACUUCCCUCUUGACUGUCCAAUCAUUGAACGCAACGAACUGCAAGUGCCUCACAGCGACGGCGGCACUCCUCCAUCUCACACAUCACCUUUUGCUGUGGAUGCUGCUGCGUCCAAGGCUGUCGUCAACUCGACCGGCGAAGGCGAAACAAUACCCCCCCUCGAAGUCGUACUGUGGGCGAAUCUCCUCGUCCGUGCGUGGACUUUCGAAGCGAUGGUGCUGGUACUCGAUGCAGCACCAAUGUCUAUCCCCCCCGGCCAAGGGAGUUAUCCCCCCGAGGAGGUCACUCCAGUGGUGCCCUCUGUUUUGAUCCCGUUCCCUGCUCCAUCCUUUACCAUAUCCCCAGCAACAACUGCCCCCCGCGAGAACUCGACAGACGAUGAAGUGUCCUUUGAAGUCGUCCUUUUGGCAAGUCUCCUUGUUCGAGCGUGGACGUGUGACGCCAUGGGUUGUGUCCUGGAUGCCAUCGCCGAGGCUCCGCUUGAUCCCCGUGCCGCCGAUUCCACUUUGAACCAGAUUGCUUCCAGUUGUACUGACCAUGCAUCGAGUGCUGUCACGACAGUCGAAGGGGCAACAUCUGACGUCUCGACGGUUUCCCCUUCGCCCGACCCAGAUUGUUUGUUGCCCACGGCACUCCCGGCGGCGGCAACUGCUCCAAUUGGCUCGGUCCUCGACGAUGAAAUGUCCUUAGAAGUGGUGCUGCUAGCGAACCUCCUCGUUCGAGCGUGGGUAUCUGACGCCAUGGGCCGAGUUUUGGAUGUCGCUGACGGCGACGGCCUAGCCGAACAAAUAACCCCCACAACUGCUUUAUCCACCGACGAAUCGCCUACAAAGCAGGAAGUUCUGCGGCCAAGACCAUUGUCCUCACAAAGUCAACAUGUGAACGACUCGAUUGAUUUCCCAACGGCUUUAACACCGCUACAAGUCGGACCGUUGAUGGAAUCAGUGGUGCGACAGUGCCCUGGUGGUUCUGACGUCGAGCAAUCUCACCAAGUGAUGUCGUUGGAGAUCGUCUUGCUUGCAAACCUCCUGGUGCGUGCGUGGGUGUCGGAAGCUGUCAUGAAUGUGACCCUUUGUGACCCCCAGCUGUAUCUGUUGCGCCGCCCGCCAACUUCGACCGAUCAAGGGCUCUUACAGAAAGCCAGUGCAGGGUCGGAUCAACCAGACUCUACUGAACCCUCGCGCCAGGAUAAUAGGACCAAGCCCCUCGUGCGUACGACUUUGCAGUGUGGCACUGCUUCGGCCAGCGACAUCCAAAAAUCUACCGAAAAGACUUUGACCGAUCAGCACGACGACAUGGUGUACGUCCUGCUGGCCAACUUGCUGGUGCGGGCGUGGAUAUCGGAAGCAACGGGGCUAGUCUUGGACAGAGUGCCAACCCAUAUCCCUUCACUGUUCACCACUACCAAGUUUAAUGUACCCACGGACAAGAACAGCGUAGACCUUGCCAUUGCGUCAACUUGUUGCCUUGCUAGUAGUAGUACUAGUAGUACUAGUAGCUCUCUGCCAGACGAAGCCGACGACGACAAACACAUUGCGGCGAUCUUUACCAAGUGGAACGAGGGCGAAUGCACCCACGAGUCGUGUCGACGACUGGAGGGGGAGUAUUUGAAAGGGGCGUUGAGUGUGGGGGACUGUGUGGCGGGGUACGUGGCAGCCCCAGUGACGUCCGCGAUGACGAACGUUGGCACCUUCCAAUGGCCACAAAUUGCCACGAGUCCACACGAGAUGGACGUGGCCAUCGCGUUGCUGGCGGCGCAAAUGACUCGGUGGUGGAUCUUUGAAGCGCUCUGUAGUGUGUCCAACAAGAAGCUCCAGAAGUUGCUGCUACGGGGCGACAGUACCCAGCACCACCACCAACGGUGGUCGUCGUAG